UGGCAGGCCAGCACUGAUGCAGGGACAGCAGGCGCCCUGACCCCUCAGCACGUUCGAGCUCAUUCCUCUCCAGCAUCGCUGCAGCUGGGAGCUGUGUCUCCAGGGACACUUACACCCUCUGGAGUAGUGACUGGACCCGGAGCACCAUCUUCUCAACAUCUCCGCCAGUCUUCAUUUGAGAUCCCUGAUGACGUACCUUUGCCACCAGGCUGGGAGAUGGCUAAGACGCCGUCUGGACAGAGAUACUUCCUUAAUCACAUUGAUCAAACAACAACAUGGCAAGAUCCUAGAAAGGCCAUGCUUUCCCAGAUGAAUGUUACAGCUCCCACCAGUCCUUCCGUGCAGCAGAACAUCAUGAACUCGGCAUCAGGCCCACUCCCCGAUGGAUGGGAACAAGCUAUGACCCAGGAUGGAGAAAUUUACUACAUAAACCAUAAGAACAAGACCACAUCUUGGCUAGACCCAAGGCUUGACCCACGCUUUGCCAUGAAUCAACGAAUCAGCCAAAGUGCUCCAGUGAAACAGCCACCCCCUCUGGCUCCUCAGAGUCCCCAAGGUGGUGUGAUGGGUGGGAGUAGCUCCAAUCAGCAACAACAGAUGAGACUUCAGCAGCUACAGAUGGAGAAGGAAAGGCUGAGACUGAAGCAUCAAGAACUGCUUCGGCAGGCAUUGCGGAAUAUCAAUCCCAGCACAGCAAAUUCUCCAAAACAUCAGGAAUUGGCUCUCCGUAGCCAGCUUCCAACAAUGGAACAAGACGGUGGAUCUCAAAAUCCUGUGUCAUCUCCUGGAAUGUCUCAGGAACUGAGAACAAUGACUACAAAUAGUUCUGAUCCCUUUCUUAACAGUGGCACAUAUCACUCCAGAGAUGAAAGCACAGAUAGCGGACUCAGCAUGAGCAGUUAUAGCGUACCCAGAACCCCCGAUGACUUCCUGAACAGUGUUGAUGAGAUGGAUACAGGUGACAGUAUCAGCCAAAGUAACAUGCCGUCCCAUCAGAACCGUUUCCCAGACUACCUUGAAGCCAUUCCAGGGACAAAUGUGGACCUUGGGACACUGGAAGGAGAUGGGAUGAAUAUAGAAGGAGAAGAACUGAUGCCAAGUCUGCAAGAGGCUUUGAGCUCUGACAUCCUUAAUGACAUGGAAUCUGUCUUGGCAGCCACCAAGCUAGAUAAAGAGAGUUUUCUUACUUGGUUAUAGGGGCCUCAGGGAGACUGAAUUCUAAAUCUGUGAAGGAUCUAAGGAGAAUAGGACAUCUGUAUCUGAAGUUCAGAACAAGCCAACGUGGCACACUUUGGCUUGUGUUCAGAAAAAGUAAAUGAACAAAUACUCAACAAGAUUCUUUCAGUUUGCUCUUCCUUGUCCAUCGCUGCUGUUAUAUAUUGCUGACUUUUUUCCACAGUUGACUCUGAAGAACAGACAUCUUCUUGAUCUUUUUCUAUUGCUGUUGCAACUACUGUUCAAGGGGGGUGGGGAGGGAUGAUGAGCCUAUUUGGAUGACGAAUGCCAUUCCUUUUGUCCUAGUGUGCGCUUGCAUAUCAUUUUAUCUAAGUACUCAGAUUUGAGAGUUAAUUUCUGCAUGUCACUGCUUGUAGUUUGCUCAGCUAGUUGUCUCCUGCUGCCUGUGGCAAGUGGUAAAACAUGACAUACUGGGGUGACAAGCCAAAAAUGAUGUAUCUGGUCAAAAGAAGUCAAUACUGAUUUGGAGAUAUGACUUAAAGGAGGGCUGAAGACUGUUUGGCAUUAAGUGUUUCUACUAGUAGCUCUUUCAUUAGUCACAAAGUGCUCUUGUUCAUAUUUUAUGUUAUAGUAAAUCAUGAGUCAUUUUACAUAGAAACAUAUAUGAACUUUGUUGCCACAUAUUCUAGCCUAACUUUUGUUUGUCAAAAAUAGUUUGAUUAUUUUUGUUAGUUGGUUUAACUGUAGCUGUAGGAUGGGAAGUAAUUAUAGGUGUUCUUUUUUUUUUUAAAUAGUGAAAUCUAAGGUUUUUUUCUGAUUUCACAUAGUCUUAUUUAAAUCUGAAUUGUCUGCUUUUUUUAUACUUAAAACAUGCCUAUUGUAGCCUGAUAAGCUAGUGAGUACAUAAACCAGUAUGUUUUGCCUGUAACUUUUUUAUUUUUUUAAAGGCUAGCUUUGAAUGUAAUCAUUAGAAUUCAUGACCAGUGGCUUAUUUUUCAUGUUUAUUUGCAAGAUUUUGAAUUAGAAUC